CCAAAGCAAUCAUGAAGUGUAGCCUUCUAGCAGUCUUCGGACUGGUGGUGUUAGCAGCCGUGGUCUCAGGACGAGACAUGCGGGAGAAGAGGUCGGCUGACCUGGAGGCCGCAGCCUCCGGCCACAAGUGGGACAAGGGCGGCGGCCACGAGCAUCACGGACAUCACCAUCACGAUCACGGUCACCAUGACCACAAGGGCCACAAAGGUCACCAUGAACACCACCACGGCCAUAAGGGUCACCAUCAUCAUGAGGGCCACAAGGGUCACCAUGGAGAGCACGGAGGCCACAAGAAGCAUCACCAUCACGACGAUGGCUACCACCACCACCACGGACAUGGCGAGAAGGGAGAACAUGGCCACGGGCACGACGAGCACGGUCACUGGCACAAGGGUCACGACACGAAAGGACAUCAUGGAGUCGAGAAACAUGACGAGUUCAAGAAGGACAAGCACUUCCACCAUCACCACGGGGACAAGGGACACCAUGAGCAUUACGGCGGCCAUCACCAUGAAGGUGGACACAAGAAAGGAGGACACUUCCACCAUGGACACAAGCACGGCGGUCAUCACGAGCACCACCACGGGGACAAGGGACACCACGAGAAGGGAGGUCACCACCAUCAUCAUAAGGGACAUCACGAUGAGGGAGGUCACCAUGAGCAUCAUCAUCAUCAUCAUGACCAUGGCAAGAAGGGAGGUCACGAGGACCACAAGCACUGGGGACACAAGAAGGGACACUAAAUGUUUCAAUUUAGUCUUUAACGAGUUGUUAUUUGUUGAUUUGUUAUUGUUAUGUUAUGUUUUUAUUACUUUUAUACCACGAAAAAUAAAAUUUUACACUUAA